AUGCCACAAAAUUUAACUUUGUCAUCCAACCCGGACUGCAGCUCUGGCCUCAAAAUGAGUUUUAUUAGCAAUGGCUCCCAUCAAUUGGAGCUAGUGCUGAAUGGCUGGGAGGUGAACCUUGAUCCGUCCAGUCUGGUUUCGAACUCUGCUGUGAGUGACGGCGAGACCCGAGCGAUGCCAAAAUUGCAGUGCAGCCCGGACAAAAGGCAAACUAAGUAA